AUGAGUCACAGCCGAGCAGAAUCAACGGCUGUAGCUCUCUUGAGCUCAGCAGCUCAUUCAACAACGAAACCCCACCUCCGAGUCCCUCUCUGUCGACUGAAUGGCUUCCGCAACCUUAGCACCUGCUCGGCUUCGGCCUUGACCCGGCGACGACCGAUUAUCGCAUGCAAGCAUACACAAAGCUCCAGAGAUGGACGGAGAUAUGUGUCGCAGGCAAAAGAUGCAAACAUCGCGGUAAUUGGAGGUGGAUUAACUGGUCUUUCGGCGGCAUACUACCUCGCAAAGAAGCUCCCCUCGACGACAAAGAUCACCUUGUAUGAAGCUAAUGAUCGGCUAGGAGGUUGGAUCAAGACGGAUAGAGUGCCGGUGGAUAUCGAGGGCAAGAAAGGAAUUGUGUCUUUUGAGCGCGGUUCCCGGUCGUUGACGUCCCUGGUUGGCAAUACCUUCCGCUUCGAUGACCUUGUCCUCUACGAUCUUACUCUUGACCUUGGUCUUUCUCUCAACUUUCCUCCAGCCAGGCCGCGAUAUGUCUAUUACCCCGACCACCUUGUUGCCACGCCCCCGAACAUCAGCAUCUUCGAUAUUCUCCGCGAGCCUCUCUAUCUUGAGAGCUUCGGCGCAGGCCUCGGGCUUAUGAUCAACCAACUGCGCAAGAGACAGCUUCCUGCCGAAGACGAAUCUGUCGCCGAUUGGCUUUACAAAGUCACCAACAGUCGCAAGGGCAUUGGCAACCUAGCCUCAGCCAUGAUGCACGGCAUCUACGGCGGCGACAUUAACAAGCUAAGCGCUCGAAGUGUCUUGGAUCGCAUCUACUGGGGCUGGUAUAUGCCGAACCCUGGUUUACAUGCGCGUCCAAUGCCUUUACCUGAGCAGCUGAUUCUCGAGACGCUGGGGCAGGAUCGACAAAUUCAGAAGUUGGCUCUGGAGCCCAAGUCUACGCUAAUAGAUUUUGGCGACAAGGGCAUGGAGUCGCUGCCGCAAGCGAUAGGUGCCGCUCUGCGAGACCAACCUAAUGUCACAAUUAUGACCGGCGAGGCUGUCAACGAUAUCCAGUAUGAUGAGGCCAAGAAACAAGUCCAGAUCAACAGUUUCAACACCCAGAACGAGGAGAAAAGUAAUUCACAGGCAUAUGACAAGAUCGUUUCAACGCUAUCCGCCCAGCAUAUCGCCCGACUCGCAGGCGAUAAAGUGCAAUCGCUCUCCGCCGCACACUCUGUUUCUGUCAUGACGGUCAACAUCUGGUUCCCUCAGGAAAACCUGAAGCCUCCUGGUUUCGGGUACCUCAUCCCAGACUCCGUUGAACCAGAGCUCAAUCCAGAACAUGCUCUCGGUGUCUUCUUUGACUCAGACGUUGGAACUCGGUCCAAGGACGAACCUGCUGGCACCAAGCUCUUCGUGCUGAUGGGCGGCCACUACUACGACCGUCCUGGCGUUACUCCCCCCACUGAGGAUGAAGCCAUUGUUCAAGCUCGAAACCUACUUGAGCGUCAUCUCGGUAUCCCUCGCGAUGCCCCCGCCUAUGCCACAGCAAACUUUGCAAAGGAAUGUAUCCCUCAGCACAAUGUCGGCCACCAGGACCUCCUGCGCAACGCCCACGCUGAGCUGAAGCAGAACUUUGGCGGACGCCUCGCUGUUGCUGGAGGCUCAUUCCAUCGCAUUGGCACUAUUGCCAGUCUGCGUUCUGGCUACGAUGCUGCCGUUGCGACGAAGAAUGGCCUUGAAGCUACCGGUCUGGAGUAUCUUGAGACCAUUACGGAAUUUGCGGUUGUGCCAACCGAUAUGAUUCCUGUGCGUCUCUUCAAAUAA